AUGCAUUGUUGGGAACUGAAGCCGAUAAUUCCAAUUCGAUUAAAUAAAAGAGUUGUUUCUUUGGCGGAUUCCUGCUGCUGGUGCUGUUACCUGGAUGGUUACGCUCUGCUAAGGAGAGCCGCUUACACGCACCAACCAAGACGCUAGCAAAUGGCCCAGGUUCUACGGUCUCAGGCGGCAGUUCUUGUUGCGCCGAAUCAAAACCUCGCGAUUCAAGAACGAGAUGUUCCCAGUGCAGGCAAAGGAUGCGUCAAUAUCCAAGUUGUUAGGGCCGGCGUCUGCGGUACCGAUCCGCAUCUCUGGCGAGGCGAUUUGCCCGUGCCCGAGCCUGUUGUGCUGGGCCAUGAAGGUGUUGGAAAGAUCCUCGAGCUCGGUGAAGGCGUCACCAAAGACCAUGCCGGUCAGGAUAUAGCUGUUGGUGAUGCCGUCUACUGGAAUCCCAUCCGCCCUUGCAACGCCUGCUACGACUGCACGAUUAGCCAGGACAUGACGGCCUGCGAAAACGGUACUUUUUGGUCUCCGGCUAGCAAUCCGCAAGUAUGGGCAUCUUAUACACAAAUAGCUACUCUACUGCCCAACAAUUCCUUCUACAAAAUCGAUGAUACCGUCCCGCUAGACGCAUAUAUAGCUCUGGGCUGCGCUUUGCCCACUAUGCUUCAGGCCGAGCACAAUCUGGGUGGCAUCAAAACUGGCAGCAAAGUCGUCGUCCAGGGCGCCGGGCCUGUUGGUCUCGCAGCCAUCAUGCUUUCGAAACUCGCCGGCGCAGAAACCAUCAUUUGUAUCGAGGCCAAUGCUGCAAGACUCGACCGCGCUCGCGACUUUGGCGCAAAGCACUUAAUCAACAUGACAGAGCCAGAUCUUAGCACCAGCACUAGCCGGCGCAGUAAAAUCUGGGAAUGGAUACAAACCCGCGGCGCCGACCUUGUCAUCGAAUGCAGUGGUAAUGCAGCCGCCUUUGAAGAAGGUGUCGAGCUUCUAGGGCGAAGUGGGCAGUAUCUUGUCGUGGGCACAUGGGCUGGGUCUACAAAAGUCAACAUCUCACCUUUUGACAUUGUGCGCAAGGCGCUCAAGAUUACUGGAUCAACGUAUUGCUCGCCCUGGUGCUACUACAAAGCAGCCAAACUUGUUGCGGCGCAUCAUACGCAGUUUCCACUUACACGUACCGUUACGCACCGGUAUGCGCUCCAAGAUGCACAACACGCCCUCGAGGACGUGGCACAAGGCAAAGUUGGGAAGGCAGUGAUUUACCCUCAAGGUUUGCAAGACGAGUAAUGCAGACCAAUUGUAUUUGUCAAAUUGCAUGUGCCAUGGCGCAGCUGCUGCAGUUGUAGACGCC